AUGAUUCACAUGAGGGACNUUCUUGAAAAGAUUGGAUACAAAGACGACGAGGGCGUAGCAAAUGAGCUCUCAUUCCAAGUGUGGACCGACCAGAUUCAGGAGACUCUAAACGCUAAGAAACAAGGAGAUGCUGCGUUCAAAGGCAAAGACUUUGUCACCGCCGUCGAAUGUUACACACAGUUCAUCGAAGAUGGCACAAUGGUAUCACCAACAGUUUUUGCAAGGAGGUGUUUGUGUUAUCUGAUGAGCAACAUGCCUCAAGAGGCUCUUGGUGAUGCAAUGCAGGCGCAAGUAGUGUCUCCUGAGUGGCCAACGGCUUUCUAUCUUCAGGCUGCUGCUCUCUUCAGCCUUGGAAUGGAUAAAGAUGCUUGCGAAACCCUAAAAGAUGGAACUUCCUUGGAAGCUAAGAAACAGAACAACAGAAACUGAAAACUUCAAGUGUAUAGGUUUCUUCUCUCUUUUGCCUUCUCCGUUUUCUGAUUGGAUUCUGGGAGCCUCAUUGUCUUUUUUCUUUCUUUCUUGAAUCAUUAUCUUGAAUUUGUGGUUUCCAAUUUGAAGAGAUGAUUCACAUGUAUCUUUAAACAAGGAAAGAAGGAUCUUUCUCAUUUAAAAAGUCCAAGAUCCUUAAAUGUGAUAUCUUCUUUGAAUAUAA